CUUGGAGUGAUCUAUUCGGUGUUAUUCUGUGCCGAUCGUGACGUGGACCCGUCCAUCGGAUGGCAGGCCAUGGCGGGGAGAGGGGCCGAUUGCUAUCACAGCUAUGCGUCAUGCUGUUCGACGGUGUUUUCCCAUGCGCCGUGUAAGGUCCGUGACGGCCAGUGCCAAAUCGUCGACGGUAACAGGUCCGGGGACAUCGGCGUAACCCGAAUGCGAGAUGACCCGAGCGUUGACGCGGCGAUCACAGGACUAGAGGUUGACGAGGCGCUGAGUGCGAGGCCCGGCUGUAUAAGGUUAACGGUGAUGGUUUAUUGCUCGGAUUCAACACGAGCCGCACGUUGAUUGCCCAUGUCUGUUGUCGCGCCCUUGGUUUGCAUUUGACGUCAACAUCAUGGCCUACGCUUUCAGUGCCAUAAUUGCCAUUCUCCUGCUGCUCCUGAUCAGGUUCGCCUACAAUUACUCAAAGACCUUGGCCGAAGCGCGACGCAUUGGGCUGCCCUUGGUCCUUGUUCCGGUGGACCAGAUUCAGCUGCUCUGGAUUUUGCUCGCACCCCCGAACAGGGAGCGAAUUCGACGAAUACUCCCGAAAUGGCUUUGGAAGCGAGUCAGUCUCAUGAUAUUCGGGUGGGAAUUCCACGAGAAGCUGCGCCCGUUCGACGAGUAUGUGCCGGGUCACGGCCACGGCAAGGGGGUAGGCAGGACAUUCAUUCUGCUGGGACUCCAAAAGGGGGAGAUCUGGACGGCCGACCCGGUUGCCGCAAACGACAUUCUCACCAGAGUGCGCGAGUACGAGGCGCCACAUGCCAUAAGCUUCGCCCUGGGGACGUAUGGUCCCAACGUCCUCACCACCAACGGGGAAAGGUGGGCCAGACACCGGAAGAUCAUCACCAGCAUCCUCGACGAGCGCAUCAUGAGGGCCGUCUUUGAGGAGUCAAUCCGGCAAACCCAAAGUCUCCUCAGUGACGUCUUUGCGGCCCCGGAAGGAGAACCGCAGCCGACCUCAGCCGAGACCUUGGAGCUCUUUGACAUGCUCAAGAGGGUGACCAUCCACGUACUGCUGGGAACGAGCAUGGGCGUCAAGGUUCCCUGGCGGAAAAGCCGGGUGGCUGAACCUGGGUACAUGAUGCCGCACAUCGACUCGCUCAAUACUAUGGUGAUCAACAUUGUGGGCGUGGGCAUGCUGCCCAAGAAGCUUCUCAACAGCUGGCCGCGAUGGCUCCCAUGGCACGACAAGAUGAGGACGGUGGGAUGCGCCAAGGUUGAGGUUGAGAAACGCAGCAGGGAGAUACUGGACCAGGAGCGCGAGCGGAGGGCCAGGGGAGAACCGGCGCCCAAGUCGACCAUUGUCAGCAAGAUCUUGCGGGCGUCCGAGGAGGGCAAGGACCAGGGGCUGGCUCUCAGCGAGGUCGAGAUGAUCAGCAACCUCUUCAUUGUGACGGCAGCGGGCUUCGAAACCACAGCGACCACCUUGGCCUACGCCGUGGUCCUCCUUGCCCGCUAUCCCGAAUGGCAAGACUGGCUUCUGGAGGAGGUGGACAGCCUCCCGACGACGGCCACCAACGAAGAUGGGCUGAUGGACUACACAGCCGUGUUCCCUCGCGCCACUCGCACGCUGGCAUUCAUGUUUGAGACGCUGAGGCUGUUUCCCGCCGUGCCGCAUGUGCAUCGCGAGACGAGUGCUCCUCAGACACUGCACACGGCGACGGGCACCAUCCACGUGCCCGCGGACAUGAGGGUUUAUGUCAACUCGCUGGCGCUGCACCUCCUCCCGUCGUGGCGCGACGUCAACCGCGAGUCAGACCCGCCGUUUGUGCAGACCGCUCCUGCCGGUCGGGACGAUGCCGUCUCAGCAGAUGAGCACGUCUUCCGGCCUUCGAGGUGGAUUAACCCGCCGGGUUCGGCGCAGGCGCACUAUCACCCGCCUAAAGGCACGUGGGUGCCGUGGGCCAUGGGUCCACGCGUCUGCCCUGGCAUGAAGAUGGCUCAAGUCGAGUUCACAGCCGCCGUGGUCACGCUGCUUCAGCACCACCGCGUCGAGGUAGUUCCGCUGCGUGGCGAGAACCGGGCGGCUACCGAGAAGAGGCUGGACGCGCGGCUGCGGGAUAGCCGCUGGGUGACGGUGCUACAGAUGAACGGCGUGUUCGAGCCUAAGGAGGGCGAAGGGCUACCCCUGAAACUGUCCAAACGCCAAGCGCGAUAAUGUUAGGCACCUGAAGUGUCUAUUAGCUGGAAUAACAGUUACGUUCGUA